GUUCAAUCGCAAUUCCAUCUCUCUUGUCUUAGACAUCACGGGGGGCGGGGGGGGGACCAAGGAGAAGGAAACGAUACUCUGAGGGGAGAAAAUUGAGUGGUGUUACUCCAAGGGGAACAAAUUCCCAGAAGCAGAGCAAUUGUGGUACAUCAUUCCAACUUUGGGUAGUUUUGGUGCAUGAGAUUUUGCUCUGAGCAUUCCUAUUCUAUCAAGAGUACAGGAGAAGAAUUUGUAAAACACCCGUGAAGCAAGUUACUUGUCUUCAUCAUGGCCUUUCCAGAGCCAAAACCUAAGAAGCCUGAGCUGCCAAAGAAGCUGCUGAGCACCCUGGAAUGUAAACAGGGAGCUGUCAGGGCAGUGAGAUUCAAUGUGGAUGGAAAUUAUUGCCUUACCUGUGGCAGUGACAAGUCACUCAAGCUCUGGAACCCCUACAAAGGAACACUUCUCAAGACUUACAGUGGCCAUGGCUAUGAAGUCUUGGAUGCAGCAGGGUCAUUUGAUAACAGUCAACUUUGUUCAUGUGGCGCAGACAAGACAGUGGUGCUGUGGGAUGUUGCCACAGGGCAGGUGAUUCGCAAAUUCCGUGGCCAUGCAGGGAAGGUAAACUGUGUCCAGUUCAAUGAAGAGGCAACCGUGAUCCUUUCAGGUUCUAUUGACUCCAGUGUCCGCUGCUGGGACUGUCGCUCACGCAGACAAGAUCCAAUACAAAUUCUAGAUGAAGCCAAAGAUAGUGUCUCCAGUGUGAAGGUGUCAGACCAUGAAAUCCUUACAGGUUCUGUGGAUGGCCGUGUCCGGCGCUAUGACCUCUGUGCUGGGGAGCUGUACUCAGAUUACAUUGGAAGUCCCAUCACCUGCGUGUGUUUCAGCAAAGAUGGGCAAUGCACACUGACUGCUAGCUUGGAUUCUACGCUGCGAUUGUUGGACAAGGAUACCGGGGAGCUGCUGGGAGAGUAUACAGGCCACAAAAACGUAACCUACAAGAUGGAUUGCUGCCUAAGUGAGCGAGACACACAUGUUGGGAGCUGCUCGGAGGAUGGGAAGGUGUAUUUCUGGGACCUGGUAGAGGGAUCCCUUACCUUGACCUUGCCCAUCAGCAAUGCUGCAGUCCAGUCUCUGUCCUUCCACCCAACCGAGACGUGCCUGCUUACUGCUGCAGAGGGCCUUGUCCAGCUCUGGAGGGAAGACUCUUAUGUGGCUGAGGAAGGGGCACCUGCCUGACUGUCAUUGCCCCGGUCCCCACAGAGAACCACAGAUGGAAACUCUGGCAUUCCUGCCUUCAGAAAUGCACAGAGCCAUGCACACUGCCUUCCGGUAGGAGUGUUACGUUGGGCUGGGGAUAAGCAUCACUGGCACUUUGCAUCUUCCGAAGGGUCAGCCUGGUUAUCAGAAAAGUCUCUGGAAGUUCCCUGAGCUAGUAGAAUCUGAAGGCUUCCUAGCCCUUUGGGAUGCACUCUAUGGGUCAGUUCUAUGUGCUGCCAACACUGAUUUAAGUAAAGCAUGUACGUUCUCUUAUUGUACACGUCUUUGCUGUAUAUGAGCUCCAGGCAUGCAAGAGAGUACAUACAGUGGUUUUAAGUGUGUGCAAGUACUACUGUGAACAGUCCAGGAAUGCAAAGGGUCAUCAUGCGAAAACAAGGUAGCCUCAAAAGGAAACACAUGGAGGAAACACAUUUUCUGUUCUCUGGGCCCUUGAUGCUGAGCUGGUUCCCGAGAAUGAGGUAACAAGAAAGGAAACUUUGUCUUUCUGUAUGAGUACGUGAAACUGCUCAGAUCAGCUUAUUGAGCUCAUCCAUUUUAUGUGUAUGUAACCUUGCAUAAUAACAAAAAGAUGUCCUGUUUAUGUCUCA